UAUAUACCUCUUUAGGUAUUCCCAUAGUUUCAUCACUCUAGCAAUCAACUCCAUUGUUCCCUCUUUUCUUGAACUUGGAAUACUUAUAUAUAACAUAAUAUACACACAUAUACAUACAGCUUGGAGACAUGGCCGGAGGAGGAUUUGCCGCCUCAUCGGGUGGCGGCACGGAGUUCGAGGCCAAGAUCACCCCUAUAGUAAUCAUCUCAUGCAUCAUGGCGGCGACCGGAGGUCUAAUGUUCGGCUAUGACGUCGGUGUUUCGGGUGGCGUGACGGAAAUGGCCCCGUUCUUGAAGAAAUUCUUCCCCGCGGUGCACGAGAAAGUAAACGAUCCGGGGCUAAACAGUAAUUACUGCAAAUACGACAACGAAGGGCUGCAAUUAUUCACGUCGUCAUUGUAUCUCGCGGGUUUAGUCGCCACUUUCUUCGCUUCUUACACGACGAGAAAGCUCGGAAGGAGACCAACCAUGUUAAUUGCGGGUUUAUUUUUCAUUAUCGGAGUUGGUCUUAACGCCGGUGCCCAAGACCUAGCCAUGCUUAUCGUCGGCCGUAUUUUGCUCGGAUGCGGUGUCGGUUUCGCUAAUCAGGCAGUUCCGCUGUUCCUAUCAGAAAUUGCACCCACAAGAAUACGUGGAGGGCUCAACAUUCUAUUCCAGCUCAACGUCACCAUCGGAAUUCUUUUCGCCAACCUCGUUAAUUACGGCACUGCUAAAAUUGCUGGAGGAUGGGGGUGGAGGUUGUCACUAGGGCUGGCCGGAAUACCGGCCGGCCUUCUGACAAUCGGAGCACUAUUGGUGGUGGAAACACCCAAUAGCUUAAUCGAAAGAGGGCGUUUGGACGAAGGAAAAGCGGUGCUAAGGAGAAUUAGAGGUACCGAUAAUAUCGAGCCCGAAUUCAACGAGCUCGUCGAGGCUAGCCGUGUAGCCAAGCUAGUUAAGCACCCUUUCAGGAAUUUGCUCAUGAGGAAAAACAGGCCUCAAUUGAUCAUUGCUUUGUCUUUACAGGUUUUCCAGCAAUUCACGGGAAUCAACGCGAUCAUGUUCUACGCGCCGGUCCUAUUCACCACCGUCGGAUUCGGGAGCGAUGCGGCUUUAUACUCGUCGGUGAUCCUCGGGGCCGUCAACGUACUUUCCACAAUCGUAUCGAUCUACUCGGUCGACAAGCUAGGGCGGCGCGUGCUCCUUCUCGAAGCCGGUGUCCAGAUGUUCCUAUCGCAGGUCGUCAUAGCGGUGAUCUUGGGACUCAAGGUGACGGACCACUCGGACAACCUGAGCCACGGAUACGCGAUCUUCGUCGUGAUCCUCGUCUGCACGUUCGUCUCCGCCUUCGCCUGGUCGUGGGGCCCGCUCGGGUGGCUCAUCCCGAGCGAGACGUUCCCGCUGGAGACCAGGUCGGCGGCGCAGAGCGUGACGGUGUGCGUGAACCUGGUGUUCACGUUCGUCAUCGCUCAGGCGUUUCUGUCAAUGCUUUGCGUUUUCAAGUUCGGGAUCUUCUUGUUCUUCUCCGCGUGGGUUCUCGUGAUGUCGUUCUUCGUGUUUUUCCUAUUGCCGGAGACGAAGAACGUGCCGAUAGAGGAGAUGACGGAGAUGGUGUGGAAGAAGCAUUGGUUGUGGAAGAGGUUUAUGAGUGAUGUUGGAGAUGAGGAGAAUAAUGGCAAGUGGGGAAAUGGUAAUAUUGAGAUGAAAAAUGGGCAAAUCCACAAUUAAUAAAGGAUUUGGGUGUAGAUUUUGAAUUAUGCUACAAUAAUUUAAUAGAUAAGAUAAAUUACAACCAUCCCUUGAGAUAAAGUCUAUUUAUAAAAACCCUCCUCAUUUUAUCAUAAUUACAUCCACCACCCUCCAAUUUGCACAUUUCUUACAUUAACACCCUUUUGUAGAGGGGUGGAUUCAAGAAAUUUACAAAAUGUAGGGGGUUGGAUGUAAUUUCUCAAAAAAGGGUCUUUUUCGUAAUUAUAACUUUAUCUCGGGGAGGUGAUUGUAAUUUACUCUCUAUAUAGGUGUAUGUGUAUGUAUAUUAUGCAAGAGAGGGGUUUGUUUCACUACUAUGUAACAAGGAGAAACUAAAAUUUAGAUUGGACCCUUAUCAAAAAAAAAAAAUAUUUAGAUUGGACCAAGGAUAAAUAUUUUUCUUAUCUUUAA